AUGGACUUUGAGAAAGCUGGAGCUGAACGGAAGUUUCAACUGCAAGAAUUAGAGAACCUUCGCCUAGAAGCUUAUGAAAACUCCAGGCUGUAUAAAGAUAAGGUGAAAGCUGUACAUGAUAAGAACAUCAAGAGAAGAGAGUUCCAACUUGGGGACUUAGUCCUCCUUUACAACUACGGAAUGCGGCUCAUGCCAGGCAAGCUGAGAUCCAGAUGGGACGGUCCCUAUCGAGUAGAGAGGGCGGAGCCAUACGGAGUCUUUCACUUGAGCCAUCCUUCAAGCUCUGAACUUAUAAAGGUCAAUGGACAUUACUUGAAGUUAUUUCAUGGCGAGAAGAUGGCGAAAAAGAAAGAGCUAGAGAUCUUCGUCUUGGAAGACCCACCCACAGCAGAAGACUGA